AGGGUGGAUAGCCACAUCCCUGGUGUAGAUACAGUAGGGGGUUUCUCCAUGUGGUCGUCACCGGGUCUGCUACAGAGGGACAGGAUGCUGCAACUGGCAGUCAAACGAAGCCCUCAUCCGCCUGCACACUGGGUGCAUACAAAGUGCAAGGUGGGGGCUCAAGUGGACCUGCGUGUGGGUGGCGACUACUUCUAUGACCCUCAGCCAGGCGAGGAGCCUCCCACAAACCUGCUGCUGGUGGCGGGUGGGGUCGGGAUCAACCCCCUCAUGAGUAUGCUGAGCCACGUUCAUGAUCUGCAGCAGAUGGCGACGACACGCAGCAUGUGCCCAAACAAGGUCAUCCUCAUGUUCAGUGCCAAAACCAAGGAGGAACUUUUGUUCAGGAAAAGAAUUGAUGAAUUAUGCAAUAUGAAGUCAAACAACAUGUCAUCAAUGUAUUUCAUCACAGAGGAGACAGCUGGGAAAGGAGACAACACUGUUUACAGUCGAAUCAAAGAGCAGCACAUACAAGAAGUGACGGACAGGUUGAAACCAGGGAAGGUGGAGUGCUACCUGUGUGGUCCAUCCCCCAUGAUAGCAAGUAUAGAAACAAUGCUUAAGGCUUGUGGCAUCACUGAACCCAGCAUUCACUACGAGAGAUGGUGGUAGAUGCUCUGGGAUUGUAUAUUGGAGGAGUAUCAUGGCAUUAUGGAAUUCCUAUGGUAUGUUUUAUUAAGUUUUAAGCACAUAUCAGUUGUGCCCUUGACAAAUGUAGUGAUAAUUCCAAUUAAGUGUUGCUGUAUUUGUCAAAGGAAUUCCCAUGAAGCUCUCAAAAACCUGAAUAAAAUCUGUGAUCACUGA